GAGGCCCCGGUCUCGGCCCCGCCCACCGCGCUGUGUUGGAGCUGAUUCCCGAGUGGGCACACUGGAGCUGCGCUCGCGGCGCGCCAUGGCCGGGCUGUUGACGCUGCUUGGCCCGGCAGGAAGAGUGAGCACCCGGCUGCGGCCCCUGGCCCCUUGGCUCCUGGGAACCGCCACCUCCUGUGCUCCACCGCUCUGGGCCUUAGCCUUGUCCCAUCCGGUUCCGGACGCCCGACUGCUGCGCACGGCCCGCGGGGACUGUCUCAGCCGCCAGGAGCCCAACAGGACCCCCGAGCCAGGAGGCAGUGUCACCGGCACAGAGAAAAAGCUAAGCAGAACACAGCAGCUGAAGAAGGUUUUCCAAGAGUACGGGGCCGUGGGCGUGUCAAUGCACAUUGGGAUCUCCCUGGUGUCCUUGGGGAUAUUUUACACAGUUGUUUCCAGUGGCAUAGACAUGUCUGCAAUCCUGCUUAAACUUGGCUUUAAAGAGUCCCUGGUGCAGUCCAAAAUGGCAGCAGGCACCAGCACAUUCGUGGUGGCCUAUGCCAUCCAUAAGCUGUUUGCUCCCGUUCGGAUCAGCAUCACCUUGGUCUCUGUGCCCUUUGUCGUCAGAUACUUCCGCAGCGUUGGACUCUUUAAACCUCCAGCCACCAAGCCUUGACGCCAGUCUCUUCUGAUCUGCAAGAUUUGGGCUGUGUGCAAGGUGGCUUUCUUUCCUGGUGGGGGAAGGGAGGGGCCGAGGCUAAUUGCUACGUUCCCUGUGGGUUGGUUUUACUUUUAUCAUCAAACAUCUGGUGUUUUAAUUUACUUUUUUUUUUAAUGCUGUUCCUCAUGUACAUGACUUAAAAAUGUCACCAAGGCAUCAAAAUGAGUUGACAGCCAGGCCUGGUGGUACAGGCCAGUAAAGCCAGCUGCUCUGGAGGCGGAGGCAGGAGGAUCUCAAAUUCAAGCCUGCUUAAGCUACUUAUAGUUCAGGGUCCGCUUAACAAUUUAUAAGACUGUGUCUUGUUCACCAGUGAGAGAGGGCUGAGGUCAUUACUCACCUGGCACAGACGGCCUAAAUGCAAUCCCCAGCACAAAAAGAGACUGCCUACAAAUUGUUCCUCUAGAUCAUCGGGGCAGAGGUGCUGUCUAUAAAGCCCCCCCGGGGGCUAACCUUUGCUCAGAUUCUUAAAAAGCAGUGGUUAAUUUGCUGGCUUUUCAAACCCUGCCCGCCCUGGUUUGCCUGCGGUUUAAUAUGCAAUAUUCAGCAGACAGCUGCUGGCGCUACAAUUAGUGAGGCGAAAAUAACCACGAUCCACAUUACCAUCAAGCCCUUGACAUUCGCAGCACUUGCUGUGGGGAAAGCAGGCCAAGAACUUGUCAUGUGCCCCAUCCACUUCGAGGCUGGAUGGGAUGGGGCUCCAAGUCUGAGAUUUCAUUGAUACUAGGCAAUAUGGUUUGUAAAAUACAGAAACACUGCCCAAUUGUGAUGUUGUCAAUGGGCUCCUGAUGCCCAUAUUCUGGGGAACCUUAGAUACUGCCAUAGAAGCUAAAAGCACCCUAGCUUUCUUAGACAAUCCACUUAGCUAUCUGAAACUUGAGGCAUUCCAGACCUGACAUGUUUACAAUGCACCACUGAACUUUUUUAAAUUGAAUUAAUCAGAUGUAUAUUUGUACCACUUUGGGGGGUGGGGGGAGGUUGAGAGGAAAAUAUUGCUCGUUCUAACUGUAAAGAAACCAAGAAAUAAUACAAGCUGGGGAAAAGAGAUGUCUUAAUUAGGGUCCUAUUGCUGUGAUGAAACAAAAUGACCAAACUCACGGUUCCAUACAACACUUCAUCAAACACAGGGAGGGCAGGCACCUGGAGGCAGGAGCUGACAGCAGAGGCCAGAGAGGAGAGCCACUUACUGGCUUGUUCAGCUGCUUUCUUACAGAACAUAGCCUGCCAGCUCAUGGGUGCCAGUGGUUCUCAACUUGUGAGUUGCAACUCCUUUGUCAAACCUCUAGCUCAACUCAAAACAGUAGCAAAAUUAAUUGUGAAGUAGCAAUGAAAAUAACCUUCUGGUUGGGGGCCACCAUGAGGAACUGUACUAAAGGGUGGCAGCAUGAGGAAGGUUGGGUACCGCUGGUGUAGAGGGAGGUUGGAAUAGAAAGUCAAGCAGAGACUCAAACUGAGGCUUCCUCCUCCACGAAGUCAGGAGCAGACAGAGCAAGAAUUGGCUCCAGGGCUCAAGCCUGCCCUCUGGGCAGCCUGGCGUGGGGACACUUGUUCUGUUCUGUCAUAUCCAAAACAAACUCCAUCCCCCCCAAGGCAGCCCAAAUAUCCAGAAACGGGCUCACCUGGACUAUAGAAUUUCUGCUGGUCAGAUAAAGACAGCAUUCCUCGGGAACCCGUGAAACUGGUUCUCUCUCUACCAAAUGGAGUCAUUCUCCUUACUUCUGGCAGAAGGGUCAUAGCUCUCCCAGUAGUAGACCUGUGGUACCUAACGGCGUAUCAGGGCAUGCUGGUAUCACAAGACCCUGAUACACAUUUCAGUGUUCCUAGCCCUUCUUGUCCUCCCUACCCUAAACUGCCCCCAACUCACAGGCUUCCCGUCCCCCAGCUGCCUGUCCUUAUAACCAGCUAUUCUCUGUCCUCUUGGCUCCUGGUCCUCUCUGUGCUCGAUUCUCUAUCCUGUGCCAGUUUCCUCUCCGUCUCACGGAUCCCCCGGCCAUGUUCAGUCCACCCCUCUCUCUCUCUCAACUUCAGAUGCCUCUGGCUGUUCUCAUGUCUAUAAUAAGAACCUCCCCGCAACCAUACGAAGUAUAACCAUACAUCUAUAGUUCUCCCCCGGGGAGCUAGUGUUUGAACUUUGAAGUCUGCUCAGCUGCAUGGUGGAAAGGACUGUGUUCUUUUUUUUCUUGCACACAAUUCCUUUGAAAUUACAUUGACAGCCAGGAGACAAAGGAGAGAACUGUUAACUAGCAGAAUGCAUUUUAUAGAGCUCUGGCUAACCGCCUCUUAGCCCACGGUUACCCAGUCAUUUGUCUCAGUUAACAUUUAAAGGAGUUUUUGUGAGACAAAUUCUCCAUUGUGAGAUCUCUGAAGUGGGAUUGUCUUAUUUUCCUUAGUACAGCCCACUGCCAAAAAGCUUCCUCUGAUGUCAAAUCAGGAUGUAUUACCGAAACUGAUUCCAAGGACAUCCACAUAGCUGAGCCAAGAUGCUCCAGGCCAGUGGCAGGUGGACUGGAAGAGGCCUCUCCACUGAGCCUGUGUUCUGUGCUUCAGGCUCUGGAUCAUCACCCCCGCUGCUCUCCCAUUCCGGUACCUAAGUAACAUCUAUGCAAAGAAACACAUUAAAAGCAGCAAUAAAACUGCUCCUACCCACAGCCACGGAUCUUCCAAACCUAGCCCCGCUCUCAGGCCUCUACCCAGCAGCCAGAACACAGCAAGAGUUGAGGUGAAGCAACUAAAGCACCGUAUAAGCCAGCAAGGCGCACAGAGCUGCUCCUGCCUAUGUGAUCUUUAAGUAGACCAGGAGCCAGGAAACCACUUUAAGAUGUAAGCCAUUGUGUGUCUCUAGUUUCUUAAGCAGACCAAGUGAAUGGCUUACAGUCUGAAACAAAUAAAAGCCUUUGUAAAAGUC